UGGCGGUCGUUUUUGACAGGAGAGUUUCUUGGCUGAUUGUUAUCUAAGCUGUGGUUUAGCUUUAGAGGGACGCAUUCCUAUAGUCCGCACUCCAGUGCCAACUGUGAUGGAGUUGGAGAAACGAUUUCAUUGGCUGCUACCAGGGGGCAGCUGGCGGCCGCCCAAUUGCAAACCGCCCAAAAGGGUCGCAGUAAUCGUGCCCUUCAGAUGCAGAGGGGAACACUUAUUGCUGUUCCUACAACAUAUGCAUCCGUUCCUGAAGAAGCAGACGUUGGAUUACACUAUUUUUAUCGUAGAGCAAGACGGGGAUGGACCUUUCAAUAGGGCGAUGCUUAUGAACAUUGGUGAGUUGGAUAUGCAGACUUUUGUAGUUGGAAAUUGUGUACCUCUACUCUGGAAUAAUAAUAAUGUUACUCUGCCACUUGACCCAAAAAAAACUGUAACGAAAAUAUAA